CCCACGCGACGGCUCUACCUGCUCUUCGUUCCUACAGCUCCUAAAGUAAACACACUUUGCACAUAGUAGCUCUAGCGGGCCAAAAUGGCAGUGUAGAGGCGUGCGGCAGCUAACCUUGCAGCGGCAACAAACCGGCAGUGCAACGGCUAAGUGCACUGGCUUUUUCUGGCAAAAUGGCGUCUCUCCCGGCAACCACCUUCAGCUUUGCUGCCGUCGACAGCAUACCUGGACCUCUCGACUCACCUUUGUUCUUGUACACCUUUUCACGGUUACCACUGACCAGCAGCAGCCAUGACCCUCUCCCAGCUAGCCCUGGAGGACGUGGAGGCCCUGUACUUAGGGCCCUCCUUUCUGAUGGCUGACCCCAUGGGGCCCCUUCUGGACCAAGAUGAAGAAGAAGCUCUUUCUCCCUCCUCCCUAGAGGGGAAGGCGCCAGCUUCGCCCUCCCUUUCUUUGUCCACUUAUCCAUCCUCCUCGUCCCCUUAUCAUACUAUGUCUUUCUCCCCGCUGUCUUUGUCCUCCCCAUCUCCCUCUCCCCCUCCCACCCAUUGUUCCUCAUUCCUGGGAACCAAGGCCGGAGCGGACUCGCUGUCCCUCUCUUGGCUGGGUGCCGGCGACCUGCUCGACGCCCAUGUUGGAGCAGAUGAUGGCAAAGCAGAUGAUGCUUUUGCCGGCAUGGACUGGAUGUCAGAGAAAAUCGACCUGAGUGAAUUUGACCUGGAGUCUUUCAUUGGAUCCUGCUCCUCUGAUGAGUCUCCCAGCUCUCCUGAAGAUCUCCUGGCUUCCCUGGACUCCUCCAUGGAUUUGGAUCUAGAUCCCUUUAACACAAACAUCCCCGUCCCACACAGCAGCCUUGAGCUGAGUUUGCCUCUGCCCGACAUUCCCAGUCCCCCUCUGGAGCUCCCUCUCCCUGUGGCAGCUGAGGCCAAGAAGAUGGAUGUUGCUCCUGCUCAUGAAGUUAAAUCUGAACCUCCCUCUCCAUCUCCCCCAUCUCCAGUCUACACAUUGGAGCUGGGAAGCGAAGUAGAUGUCCUAGAUGCUGACAAGCAGACCACAUCCCUCACAAUCAUCCCAGACCCCAGUGGAAGCGUUCAGUCGACCCCCAUUGUUCUCUCCAUCCCCACCUCUGGUCACUUUGUGGUGGUCCUCUCAAACAAAGAAGAGCCCUCCCUUCUAUCUCUCCCCGAUCAAGCUGUUAAAACCUCUCCACCAAGCGAAUGCGACAGUGACUCUGGCAUUGAGUCAGUCAUUGGUUCUCCGGUGCGCCUUCCUUCUCCUCUUCCUACCCCACCCCCUGCAGCUGGUUCCUCUAGGACCAAACCCUACUCCAAAUCUGAAGCUUCCACCUCUCCCAAGACCUCCAAGGUCAAAUCAGUGUCUGGUGCUCCCAGAGGGGUGGAGAAGAAGCUCAAGAAAAUGGAACAGAACAAGACAGCAGCCACACGUUAUCGGCAGAAGAAAAGGGUUGAGCAGGAGGAGCUGCACCAAGAGUGCGAAGAGCUGGAGAAGAAGAACCACGAGCUGGCGGAAAAAGCAGAGUCCAUCAGCCGAGAGAUCCAGUACCUCAAGGACCUGAUGGAAGAGGUUCGAAAGCACCGCCGUGUAAAGACCAACAAAGUGGCUUAAAAAGAAAGUAGUGAGAGAGUGGUGUUCCUGCUUCAGUGAUCACAUGCUUAAAGGGAAUCCAAACUAGUAAUUGAAGAAAAUUGUAAAAGAGCUGCGCGUGAAACCUGCCACUUGGUGGAAUAGAAGGAAUAGCCAGAUAAAAAGUCAAACUCGUAUAGAAGUUGAGAUUAGUAGUGUAGAUUAGGGGGCUGGGAGUUUGUGAGGCGAAGCAUCUGUACAUGCUUGUCUCUCAGUCCCCUGUCUUAUUCCUGGUACAAAAAACAGGGUGUAAGUUUGUCUUUGUAGACUAGGCAUGCAAAGCACGAGUCACCGUAGCUCCUGGUAUUGUUGUAGACCUGUAACUCAUUGACAGAGAUCCCCUUGCUCCAUCACCACUUCAUCACCAGACGUCCAAUGGGCUUAAAUACAUUUAUUCAGUAAAAUUAAACACCACUUCUACCCCGUUCCUACUACCUUCUAACCCCAUGCAACCCUAUUAUGACCUUCUUCUUAACAUCUUGACUUCCAGUAAGGGGCCUCAGCCUACUUAUGAAUCCGUGAUAUUACACUCGACUCACUUUUAUGUAUAUAGUUUCUCCUCAUUUGCUUGCAGAUUGUGGGUAUUUUUCCCCCUUUUUUUUAAUUAUUAUUUAAUGCUGGAUAAAAUAUUAGCACAUCUUUGGUAGCUCUGUCUCCUAGCACUGGUGUUUGGCUUGUAAAAAAUGCUUUGCUGGUCUUUUUUUUCUAUUAAAUAUCUAUCAGUACUCCAGUGAUAA